AUGAGGGAAAAGCGCACCCGAGAUUACAUCCCGGAGGGAAGCAUUUUGUUCAGCGAAGAGGAUGCCAAAGGCAUCGUGCAGCCUCAUAAUGAUGCACUGGUAAUAUCCGUUCUUAUCAACAAAUCUCGAGUUAAACGUGUGUUGAUUGAUCCAGGCAGCUCUGCCAAUAUCAUUAGAUCAAGGGUCGUAGAGCUGUUGGGGUUACAAGAUCAAAUAGUACCAGCGGUUCGGGAGUUGAACGGAUUUAACAUGGCAUGUGAAACUACUAAAGGAGAAAUAACCUUGCUAGUGAAUACCGUCGGGACAAUUCAAGAUACAAAAUUCUACGUGAUCGAAGGGGACAUGAGGUAUAACGCCUUAUUCAGAAGGCCAUGGGUUGACAACAUGAGAGCAGUACUCUCAACACUACACCAGGCACUGAAGUCCCUAUGCCGGGAGGAAUCAAUACGGUCUACGGAGAGAAGCCGACCGCAAAAGAAAUGUUCGCAGUCGACGAGGUGA